CAUAACGUUCCAGCUUGUGUUACGUCAUAUGACGUCUAUGUAAAGUUCGAUUCCCAACCAACUCACUUAAACUAUGACGCCAAACGCAGAACAUCACCUAACCACGACAGGAUGAUAUGCUUCCCUCCUCAAUUGUUUCCAUCAACGGGUGAGAUGUUUGUUGCUCUACAUGCAAACAGUAAAUACGCUUUCGAAUGCCUUGGUUACGUAUGGGAACCUAUCACCGGAAGAUAUGCUAAUAGAUCAUACAACAUAUCAGCACCAGAACUGAUGCCGUAUAAUUUGCAUAUACUGACGUCAGAUUGUAAAGAGUGGGAUCCCAAAAGACAAUCAUGGGAUUCAAUCAACUGUGAGAUGGAUUGGUUUCCAAGUCAACAUAUCUUAGAAUGUACAUGUCGUCCAGCUUUUGGUUUAACAUUCGGUAACACUUUUUAUGUGGCGCCAAAUAGAAUCGACUUCUCGACAGUGUUCUUACGGUUUGAUAUAACCAAUCAAGGUCCUGUGAUCGGGACUCUUAUAACGAUAUUAGUGAUUUACGUACUGCUUCUUAUCUGGGCGAGACAGCAAGACAAGAGAGAUAUUGCUAAGGUAAAAUUAUUUACACCAUUAAUUGACAAUUUCGUCGACGACACAUAUUAUUACCUAGUAACAGUUUAUACAGGAAUGAGAAGAGGGGCGGGUACAAAGUCCAAGAUAGGAUUUAUAAUUCACGGACAAGAUGGAGAUACAGGGAUACGGGAAUUGGCUGAUGGUGUCAGAACGAACAUACCGGCUGCAAGUGUUGUACAUUUCUUAAUGUCAACGCCAUAUCCGCUAGGAGACUUAAGCUAUGUUUACAUAUGGCAUGACAACUCCGGUGUCGGCAAAUCUUCAUCGUGGUAUUUAACCCGUGUUGACGUCGAGGACUUACAAACGAGGGAAAGGUUUGUUUUCCUAUGUGGUAAAUGGCUAAGCUUAGAUACAUUUGAUAGCAGUGUAGAUGCCGUCUUACCAGUUUGCGGAAAAGAAAAUGUCACCACUUUCUCAAAUAUGUUUUACCUUAAUAUAAAAGAAAACUUAGCUGAUAACCAUAUGUGGAUUUCAAUAUUCUUCCGCCCAACCAGCAGCCAUUAUACAAGAUGUCAGAGACUAACAUGUUUCCUGUUAUUUAUUGUUUUAACAAUGAUAGGAAAUGCAAUAUAUUUCCGCGACGAAGACGAGUUUUCAAAUGCUGGAUCAGACAUUCAUGUGGGUCCAUUUUCAUUCACAUUGAGUGCAAUUUAUAUUGCAUUAAUAUCUGCACUUAUUUCAACACCUACCACCGUAUUAGUAAUUUUUAUGUUCAGUAAAAGUAUGCACAGAAAAAGCAAUACUGGAGAUUCUUCACGAAGAUAUAGAGUACCGAUAUUGGAUGUUUGGUUGGAUAGAGUAAUGGCAGAUAGUCAUAAGUUAGAGAAAGCGCUUGUUUCAAAGGGACUUUUCAUUACUGAAAGUACUAUUUUUCCAUAUUGGUUUCAAUAUAUAGCAUGGAUUUUGGCACUUGCUGGUGUAGCAUUAUGUUCCUUCUUCUUGACUCUGUACAGCAUCGAGUGGGGAAAAAACAAGUCUCAGAAAUGGCUGGCACAGUUUUCCCUCUCUUUCUUUAGCUCGAUUUGUUUACUGGAUCCAUUAAAAAUAAGGCUCGUCAAUGAUUAUAUAAAAUGGCUGCGAUAUACAGCGUUUCCAGAGUUGUAUCCUGAGACUGAUUAUACCGGAGAACGUUUACAUUGGAGACUUAGACAAUAUUUUAAUGAUUUGACAAGUUUCAGAGUUGGACCACCUCGACUGAGACAACUUCGGGUCACAGAAUCAUCUGAAGUACAUCCGUUUUUAGGAAGCAUUCGAACGAGACCAAAAUACUACUUACCGGUUGAAGAAAACAGAGACUUUUGUUUUGGCUGGAUAAGUGGGAUAUGUGACAAAAUAAGUGAGGCACGUUCAUUUUCGUAUGGUGGGUGGACAUUCACGAGUGCUAUUGAUAUUUGGGGUAUUCCCAUACCUGGACGUUAUAACACAUACGGAGGUGGCGGAUAUAUAACCGAACUAGCUGUCAACUUAGAUUUUUCCAACAGAACUUUAAAUGAAUUAACAGACUUUUUAUGGAUUGAUAGAAAUACACGAGUCGUUUAUUUAGAGUUCAACUUGUACGCCCCUGAUCUAAACCUAUUCGCAUACAACAUGUUUGUAGCAGAAUUUCCUGAAACAGGAGGAAUAAUAACCUCAUAUUCUAUUUAUCCAUUUCGAAUUUAUUUUCAUCAUGGUACGAAUGGUAUCUACACAUUAAUUUGCGAAAUAAUAUUUCUAUUAAUUUUAGUCGCAUUAACGGGCAUGACCGUGUCACGUAUCACAAAGAAGAGAAAGACCUAUUUCAAAAGUGUCUGGAACAUUCUUGACUGUUGUUGCAUAUCCCUGAGUUUUGUUUGCAUUUCAAUGUAUGCUGGGCGCCAUAUUCUUGCGUCACAAACACUGGAAAAAUUCAAGGCAGAUCCAAAGCAAUUUAUUAAUUUUCAGCAUAUUGUAGUAUCGGACUUGUUGUUUAAUUUGCUGCAUGCUACUCUAUUAUCACUUGCGACAUUGAGAUUAGUCGGUAUUCUAGGCUACGAUAUACGAGUUGGUAAGAUUUUCAUGGUUUUUGAUAAGUGUGCGAAGGAUUUAUUUUGGUUUGGUAUUUUCAUGUUUUAUUUAUUUCUGUGUUAUGCCGCUCUAGGAUAUUUACUAUUCGGAAAAUAUAUUGAAUCAUAUUGUGAUAUAUUUGAAUCUAUGGGAACACUAUUUAUAAGCAUGAUAGGAAAGAGCAAGUUCAAAGAAAUAAAUGAGAAGGAUCCAAUUUUAUCACAAUUUUAUUUCUUUACGUUCAUCCUGCUGAUAGUAUUUACAUUGCUGACAAUAUUUAUGGCCAUCCUCGGUGAGAGUAUCAGUGCAGUACAAACCAUGAAUAAAGGAAACACGGAGGAAGAAUUGAUUAACAGGUUGUGGAAAAAAAUCAAAAAUGUGUUCGUAAAAAAGUCGGACACCACGAAAAACUCCAAAAAGCAACCUUUUCAGAAUACAUCUAUUGAUAUCUUGUACGACGUAAGAAAAGCCUUUAAUGAUUCUGAUGAUUAUAACGAGGUGCCACCAGUCACUACAAACUUCAAAAAGAAAACAAAACGUAUUUUUGAUACCAAUUCGUAGGUAAACAACAUAGCAGAUUCUCUGUCGUCAUUUCAAUGUGAGAGCUUGUUAAACUUAGCCGAAGAAUGAAAAGUGCAUGAACAACUUAGCAAAAUAUUUUGAUUAUAUAUGGGCGGCAUGUGAACUGCACGUGGUAUUUUGAUGAGCCCAAAGUUUGGUCUAAUGAUGGACCCCUUUGUAAAUAUUGUGUUUAAUAUA